GCAGAACAGAUUUGUCAUGGAGAACGAGGAUGCGUCGCAGAACGCCGCUGUGAAGAAGGUUGAACUCCAACACGUACUGGGCGUGACCGUCACCAGCAAUUCUGCCCUCGACAGUGACCCACAAACCAGCACAGUAGCCUAUCCCGCUGGAUGCGUGGUCGUCUUGUAUAAUACCCGGAAAAACAAACAACGCCACCUGGUGUCAGAUGCCAAAAGGAACAUCACAACCUUGUCAUUUUCCUGGGAUGGCAAAUAUUUGGUUACGGGAGAGUGUGGAGCUGUAUCACAUGUGCGAGUGUGGGAUGUACAGAAACUUACACAGGUUGCUGAUCUUUCAGGCCACAAACAUGGGAUCAAUUGUGUGGCAUUUUCCCCGAACAUGAAAUAUGUGGUUUCAGUGGGAUCUCAACACGACAUGGUCGUCAAUGUCUGGGACUGGAGAAACAAGCAAAAGGUUGCCUCCAAUAAAGUCUCAUGCAAGGUGAAAGCCUUAUCGUUUGCCGCGGGCGGCAAUUACUUCGUCACGGUUGGCAACAAUCACGUCAAGUUCUGGUACUUGGAGUAUUCGCGCUCGACAAAGUACAAAUUGGAGCCCGUGCCCUUGAUGGGCCGCUCUGCCAUUUUGGGCGACCAAAGGAACAACUAUUUCUGCGAUGUCGCGUGCGGUCGGGGCGAGUCUGCAGAUAGCACCUUCGCCGUCACCAAGUCGGGCUUGCUUUGCGAGUUCAACGGCCGCAGGCUCUUGGACAAGUGGGUGGAACUGCGGAUCUCUACGGCUUACAGCAUAACCGUUGGUGAAAACUUGAUUUUAAUCGGCUGCUCUGAUGGCAUCGUCCGAUGCUUUAGUCCUCUCGAUUUGCAUUUUAUUUCUACAUUGCCAAGGCCACACUACCUGGGUGUGGAUGUUGCCAAAGGACUCACUGGAAGACAAAUGUCAAGUCAUCCUCCUGGGUCCAAAUAUCCAGAUGUUAUUGCAAUCACUUUGGAUGAAACGAAUAAAAAAGUUACCUGCGUUCAUAGCGAUCACAGCUUGUACGUAUGGGAUGUAAAAGAUGUGAAGAAAGUUGGAAAAUCUCAUUCGUUUCUGUACCAUAGUGCUUGUAUCUGGGGUGUUGAGACUUAUCCCGAUCUGCCAGAAGACAACAGCACCCUCCCCGGAGGAACAUUCUUCACCUGUGCCAGCGACGACACCAUUCGUAUCUGGAAUCUGGACCAUAAAAUGUUCCAGAACAGUGCUUUGAAACGAAAUAUUUAUUGUUACGAAUUACUAAAGAUUUUAUAUACAGACCCUAAUUUUGUAUUCCUAUGUGAUAUAGACUUUCUUCCAGCUGGAACCAAUGAAAAAUUGGUAAAUUCUUAUGAUGGGAAGAACGGUGUCCGGUGUCUAAAAAUACGUCCAGAUGGCCAGCAUCUUGCAUCAGGUGACAGAUCUGGCAAUGUAAGGGUUUAUGAUCUUAGUUAUUUAGAGCUUCUUUGUAAGAUCGAAGCUCACGAUGCAGAAGUUUUGUGCUUGGAAUAUUCAAACGCAGAAUCAGAUCCUACCCAACUUCUCUCCUCUGCCAGUCGGGACAGACUGGUCCACAUCUUCGAUGCACAGAAGAACUACUCCUUCGCCCAGACGCUGGAUGAUCACACGUCAUCGGUGACAGCUGCCAAAUUCGUGCGCUCAGGAAAUGACUUGUACUUCGUUUCGUGCGGCGCAGACAAAUCCGUCAUUAUCAGAAAAAUGAUGUGGAAACCAAGCAUCAAAGUCGUACAGGAGCAGGUAGUGACGGAGAAAACCACUUUCUACGACAUGGAGAAAGAUGCUUCUCAGCCACACGUCCUCGCAGCGUGCCAAGACAGUAAGAUCCGGAUAUACGACGUGCCCGGUGGGAAGUACGUACGGUCCAUGUCCGGUGCACAAGGAGAAGGCACACUCAUUAAGGUUGCCAUGGACUCUACAGGAACAUAUGUAGCAACAAGUUCAACGGACAAAACUAUCUACGUGUAUGAUUAUUUAACUGGUCAGUGCGUUGCGUCGAUGAGUGGUCACUCUGAACUGGUGACUGGACUUAAGUUCAUGCCAUCCGGAAAGCACCUGAUUUCCGUCUCCGGUGAUGGGUGCAUUUUCGUGUGGAAGUUAACUUUUCAAGCUUCCAAAACUUUGACUAAGUCAGGGGAAACAAUAUCCAUUCCAACAUCUUCCAGCAUCUGGCAGGAUUCCAGAAAAAAUACCGUUGCUGUAGCAGCUCCUUUCCAGAGUGGCAAUUAUCCUGGUGAUAAAAAAGAUCCACAGUCGGCGUUAGACUUCAGCGAUGGUCAAUUACCUUCAUGGGCGAAAAAACAAAUAUCCGACGAAUGGAAAGCAGGAGAGAGAUCAUCACCACCCCCGCAACAGCCUCGGGGUCGGUGGGCACAGAGAUUGGAAGGCCAGUCUCUCAUUGUCAAAUCAUAUUCAUAUACAGACUCAGUCAUCCCGAUACCACAGUUAACAGCUGAACAGAAGAGUAUGGAGACCACUUAUUCAUUUUCAAAAACAGAAACAACUAACUCAUUCAACCAGAAGGAAGAUGUGACUCUUACGAAUCAAGUGUCCAUCAGCCGGACGAGUGUCUCUCAGAGAUCAGAGCGAGUGAGACAUCCGACCGACUCGAGCAGUGCCAGCAGCCUCAAGAUGGAUGACGGCGAUGCAGAGGAUGAGCGAUCGGACAGCGGGACAACAGAGACAAGCGAGUUGGUCUACUACCCAGACGGAAAUGCCGAUUUCAAGGACAGUUCUUUUCAAAUAAACGCCACAAAAGAAGAAAAGCGAUUUCUUAAGAACAAGCAAGGAGGUUUACAGCGAUCUCUGUCGUCCUACAACGUAUCAGACAAAGGUCACGAAAACACGGACGAUGAGGAUUCGGGGACUCCUGGUGACUCUGAGCCUUCGUUUGCCAACUCCUUCAGCAUGAGCACGGAGAACCUGGAGAAACUCGGUCUUCGGGAAAGGUUCAUGUUGGACAACUUCGAGAACAUGGACAAGACGCAGAGCGAGGCCGAUGCCAACCACAGGAACCGUUACAGCAUCUCUUCUAAAUAUCACACCACAUCGACGAGCACACCCAACAGAGAUUUCAAGUCAAAUACACUAGGGAGAAGAACAACUCUGAUGUCUUCCAAAAAGAGGGAAGAGCUUGCCAGAGCUUUAAACGAUGCUAGGAAAAAACUGGAGACUCUCGGAUACAAAGGAGGUCUCAGUUCCAGCAAAAGUGUAGGAGAUCUGAGCAAUGCCGGGGAUGUCGCCGAUAUUCUAGAGAAACCCAGAGUUCCUAUGAAAGAGAGCUUAAUCGACAUGAGAAGGAGUACAUCAUUCGGAGACAUCAGAUCCGGCAAUUUACCACGAAGACGACUUCCCUACACCCCACAACCUGGUGGUGCUCCUUUGUGGGAGCAAGCAAAAACCAUCCGUUUCGAAGACACGGACAAUUCUAAAGAUGCAUCCUCUUUGAGAAACACGCCACUAACAAAGAACAUUAAACAGAGUGCCAGUUCAUCUUGUCUUUCGUCACCAAACACAUCCUCUCUCAGGACUCUAAACAACGCCCCAACCCCCAGCCAUAACGAAUCCAAUGCUGCCUUGCCACUUAAUAAAUCCAUGUCCAGUCUGACGAUCAACACUUCCAGUGGACGAGAGCGUCAUGCUUCAGGGGGUAGGCGACUCUCUUUAGCUGGCAUGAACAGAAGACUGAACUAUUCUGAUUCAUCGUCAUCAGAAGCAUCGCCAACAGACACUCGAUCGAACACACUAGUGCCAAGAGGUAUAGUGGCCAGGAGAAUGAAAGCCUUCUGUGCCGAACAGCUAAGAGGGCAGCAACAGCAGCAGCAACAGGCAGUUGUAGCAGCACCGACAGACAGUUCCAAAAAGCAGAAGCUGAAAGGUGACAGGGAACCCUCGAAGUCAAAAAGCGAGUGGGAUCUCAGGAAACUGCACGACGACUCCAUAGCUGCCAGAUAUGGAGAUAAAACUCAAGAGUAUGAUUCGCCCAUUUCGAAGGGUGAUCAGUAUUCGCAGCUGAAACAAGCGAGAGCAGAAUAUAUGAAUCAGUUAGAAGCGAGCCCUAAUGAUUUACCUGUUAGGGACGAAACACCUUCUGUUGCUAGCAAUUAUCUGGACUUGAACACAACGCCAUUGACGAAAGAACUGUGUGAAAAAGUAUCGGACGAUUUAAAGAAAGUCACUUCAUUUGCUGUACAGUUAUUCCAAAGGGUAACAAUAGAUUCUCAGCUAACAACUACAGAAAAAGCUGCCAUGACAACGACGCUGGCUCAAGGCGUCUGGCAAGCUCAGCAGAACUUGCAGCCCACAGCGUUCAGUGCAAGAACGCCCACAUCAGACUCACAAACAGAACCUCAAGCAGCCAUGAUGCUUUUGCAACAAUACUCCGACAAACUGCUUAAUCUCAUCGAACAAAGGAUAACGAAAGUAGACAAGUGAUGCUUAGCCAAAUCAUCAUCACAGACCAAACAUUCCUCAUCGCAUUCAUCAUUGCUUUCAUAACACUGACUGCAUCACAUUGUUAACAUUACAGACUGAGAUACAGGGUGAUUCAUAAUAAAAUGUAUCAUUAUUCAGGCAUCCAGCAGACGAAACGGUUGCCGCGAAUGCAGUCAUAUUUGAUGUGCAUUGGGGAGGAUUAUUGAUCAGUAAUGGUAGAAGGAAAAUGUGAGCCAAAUAAAUGUAAAAAAAUGAGUACUUGUGUACUAUCGCAACUAUGUGUUGGCGACUUUUCCCUCAGAAACACCUUGAAUAAAUCGAAUUUGGCGAUUUAUUCAAGAUUUGGCACAUGGUUAUGAUAGUACACAAGCACUAAAAAAAAUGCUUUCCCAAGAAGAUAAACUGAUAGGCAAUGCAAACAUCAUAAUAUUGAAAAAAUACGGGGAAGAACAUAAAAACAAAGACGCCAGUUUGCAAUAUAUAUUAAUGUUUGAAGCCAAUGGCAUCCAUAUUUUAGACAAAAUGGAGAAUAAAUCACCAUUUUAAGCAUCUCGGCAAAUGCUUACGAUGGGGAUCCAUUUAUUCAGCCUUGGUAGGAAAAUAGUAAUGCAACAUCUUGCUUCGGGUCCUGCAAGAUGCUAGAUCCUAGACAUUCUAUAAACCUUCUACAUUAUAGUUGUGCCUCUGUCUGAAGUAUUAUUAAUUAAAUAUUCUUAUACAAUAACUUUCCAUAUGAAUCAUCUACGCUGUCUCUUAUUCCCGACUACGAAACGGCAAUAAAAUCGAGUAAUUUCCCGGAUGAAUUAGUAAACAGAAUAUUGGCAAUUUAUUCGAAAAUAAAAUCUAUCUUCUGCUUUUUUUUUUAGAAAAUUAAAGUAAUAAAUAACUUCUAGAAAUCACUUACGAAUCUGAAAAAUUUGGUUACUAAUUUAAUGUACGAAAUAUACAAAUUAAUCUUCUCAUUACUCAUGAGAAGUAUGGUAGUAUGAAAACUACAAAAAAGCAUAAUUUUAAACUAAAUUCUAUCGAAGGAAGUAGUGUUUCACAGGAUUCGUACGCGUUGUCUUAAACAUGGAAAUCAGCAAAUUGGUAUUCUUUUAAUAUGGUCAUUCGUGGGCACUUCAUGCCAUGUAAAUCUGUCCAUAUAUAGCAAAUCUGACCCCUUAUUCCACCUACUGCUCGCCACAACUACAAACUCUAACUUCUGUGAUUGUCUAGGUGAAUGUUUCAUUAAGUACAAAAUUACAGUUUCCUUCAUUUUGAUUCACGAGAGAGCUCCAUACUCCAAGCUUCUUUUCCAACAAACGCGAUAACUAUUCCUGCCACAUUUUCUGCAAUCGACACAUCGCUACCAUUAUAAGUAGAAUGAAACAUUUGAGAUUGAAACGAGUUAAAUGUCUAGACUUCUGCUCCACACCACUCCAAUUCUGACCGGUUUUUAUCACACUGAUAAUCGGUGUGGGCGUGAAGUGCUCUAGAAUGAAUGGUUUUAAACGCACAGAUAAGCAUUACUAAAACCUUCGUGUAUACUUCAUGGUGGCGACUGAUAUGAUGUUUAUUAAUACAGCACCAUUCUACCAAUAUUAUCCUCAUCAUAAAGACGAGCAUAUCAAAUCUGACAGCAUUUUGGCAGCCGGAUUUCAUUGAAAGAUGUCCAGAAAUGCCUUAUAUAGUAUGCUUUCUAUUAAUUUAUACAUUUGUAAUAAACGACCAAGACUGAUUUUUUUGUAAAUAUAAAGCUAAUAUUUUAACUAAUUGUUAAAUUAGGUAACUUUAUAAACUUUCAAAAGAAAUAGCUCAGCAUACUAACAUAUAUUUAAUUACAUAAGAAAAAAACGUCACAUUUAUAGCACAACUGCACGACCAUAAUUUCAGUUAAUGACAAUUCAAAGUAACAUCUUAUCUUUCUAUUUUGAAAAAUACUGAAAAAUAAAUUCAGAAGAAUUUCCAUUUUAAUCAUGAAUGUUUUAAUAAAAAAAUUAUAAAAAGCGAUAUAAAAAUUACAAUAUUUUUUUGGGAAAAAAUAAACAUUUUUAAAGACAAUUUUUUAACGUGACUUUCAAAAAAUGUUUUUAAAGAUACAUUUUAC